CGAUGAACAGAACCGACGUAGCUUACGUCAAACAUCUUGCGUCAAUAUCCACAACAAACAUGGCGGACGAUCACACGGACGCAGAUCAGUCCAUGGAGGGACACACUCCUGUGUCUGAAAACCCUCACGCAGAGUACGGCCUGACGGAAAACAUCCAGAGGACGGUGGAGAACGAGAAGGCCGGUGCAGAGAAGAUGUCGAAGCAGAAGGUCGACCUGCAGGCGCUGCCGACCCGCGCGUACCUGGACCAGACGGUGGUGCCCAUCCUGCUGCAGGGCCUGUCUGUGCUCGCCAAGGACAGACCUCCGAACCCCAUCGAGUAUCUGGCAGCGUUCCUGCUGAAGAACAAAGCCCAGUUUGAAGAGAGGAAUUAAACUGAAGAAACGUUUCAGUGUUUGUUAAUCAACUGCACUUUGUUUUGUUUUUUAUAUAUAUGAAAUAAACAUGUUGAUGUGAAAGCGGCGCUCUCUGGGAUUUUAUAAAAAAAAAAAAAGAUUCCAUGUAGAUGGCCAGAGCUUUUAUUGUGAAAAACCUUUGAGACUGAACCAGACAGGAAAUGUGAAACUAGAAGCUAAAUGUUUGAUAGAAUAAGUUUAUUUCUUCAGUUACAGACGUUUGACACAAUGAAAUAAAAUAAUCUCAUCAAAAACUA